GGUGGCGAGGGAUGCUCUGUGUGUUUCUGUGAAGUGUGGUGACUUUCAUCAGCUGACUUCUGACACAACAGGAGGAGGGGCAGUGGUGAGGCCCCUUCUGCUUACCCUGAGCCCUAUUAGGUCCUGCACCUUACGCUGGAAGUUGUCUGAGUAGUUCAGUAAUUCAUAAAUAUCAAUCCCAGAGAUUGUAGGAUGAUCAAACGACUUCUCUACCUUACUUUUCUGGUGUCAUUAUGGAUUGGUGGAAUUGCCCUGAAAACAGUGGUGGUGGGAGCAGUGGUGACCCUGUUUGUGGUGUAUAUCAUUGUUCCUCUACUCUUCCACUAUUCUCCCUCACUCCAGCGGCACAUUGUUUUCCUUAACUUCUUGAAUGUGCCAAAAGUUGACUAUAACUUGCCAGAGAAUGAAGGUUUGCCAGGAACUCGUAACUUCUACUUACAAACGGAGAAAAAUGUCAGUGUUGGUGUCUGGCAUAUCCUUCCUGAAUCCCUGGCUCACUCAGCCCCCAAGAAGGGAUCCCAAGACUAUGAGGAUUGGUAUAUAAAGUCCCUGUCUGACCACCAUCCUGUGAUUCUCUACCUGCACGGCAACACCUCCUCCAGGGCCACGGCUCAUAGGAUUGAACUAUACAACGUUCUCAGGAAAAUGGAUUAUCAUGUUGUAGCUUUUGAUUAUAGAGGUUAUGCUGACUCAUCCCAGGUGCAGCCUAAUGAGCCUGGUGUGGUGCAUGAUGCCAAAGUUGUGUACAGAUUUAUUCGUGAGCGGUGUGGGUCCUCACCACUCUUUGUUUGGGGCCACUCUCUUGGAACCGGUGUGUCUACCCAUGCUGUCCGGGACCUGUGCCUUGAGGGAGACUCCCCAACAGCACUGGUAUUGGAGUCACCUUUCAAUAACAUUAAAGAUGAAAUUAAAUUUCAUCCACUUUCUUCAAUAUUUCGCAAAAUGCCAAAGUUUGACUGGCUCUUCCUCAAGCCAUUAGCAUCAUCUGGCAUUGACUUUCGGAGUGAGGAGCACAUCACACAUGUUGCUGCUCCAGUUCUUAUUCUUCAUGCUGAGGAUGAUCUUGUGGUGCCUUUCACCUUAGGAAAGAAGUCUGUGGCACCAUAAUGGCAGCGGUGGUUAGCAGGCAACCGAGACUCUGCCUGGGUGGCUACAAGUACAUGGAUGGGAGGAAAAGGAGUCAAUGGAUGUGGUCCAAACAGUCAAUUCAUGUACUCCAUCAAAACUUUUGGAAGUGUUGAAGCAACAUGCAAGCAAGUUACAAAACAGACAUGUAAUAUUCUAUUUCCUUGAUAUUUAUGGAAGUGCUUGUGAAGAGGAUAAUACAAAAGCAGGUUAACUAAGGAAAGUAAAUUUUUCACCCCACCUAAGGCAGUAAUACUGUAGAUAUUAAAUAAAUCAAGAAGUUUGUAAUCUAUUAAAAAGCUGUUACUUUUGUCAGCUUUGAAUAAAAUGCUCCAAAAUAUUUUAAGAGAUUUAGAUGCAUUAAAAAUGCAAUUUUUACAUUAGCAGACUGUAAUUCAUUCUUCAAUAUUUGAAUACUGAAUCAUAAAUUUAAAGCUACAAGAAAAUGUAAAAUUUCUAUACUUAUGCAUUAAGAAAUCAUUAUUUUUUGCAUAAUUAUUAUAAGCAAAUUAUAAGUGUUCAAGUAAAUAACAUCAGGUAUUGUAGUGCCUUAGUUUAUAAAGUAUGUCAUGUGCAUGUCUGCUAUGGAACUCCCUGCGUGACCAAUAACACACAGCUACAACAAUAAAAAUAUAAGAUCAUGAGUUUUGCAAUAGUAUAUCUAUGGACAAGUCCUACCAACUCCUCCACUAGGGACACCACACACAGCACU